CUUGUUACUCGGAACCUCACAUCUAUAAACAGCCCGCAAUUAGAGGAAGCUAGCACUCAAACUCAAAUCACUUAACGAUACUAUUAAUCCAGUAAUAUCUCCAGUGAUGUCUCCUUCUACUUCAAUUCCAAGGCUAGCAUUCUCUCUAGCGCUAGUGUCCUCUUCUUUCCUCAUAAGCUUUUCCAGUGCUGGUAGCUUCACCGAUAACAUCAGAAUCAGUUGGGGCGAUGGCCGAGGAAAGAUUUUCGACAGCGGGAAGCAACUAUCUCUAUCUCUGGACCAGUACUCUGGCUCUGGCUUCGAAUCCACGCACGAGUAUCUCUACGGCAGGCUCGAUGUCCAGAUCAAGCUUGUCGCUGGAAAUUCUGCGGGCACGGUCACCACAUUUUUCUUAUCAUCGCAAGGACCGACACACGACGAGAUUGAUUUUGAAUUCCUCGGGAAUGUGACUGGAGAGCCUUAUACUCUGCACACCAAUGUGUUUGCUCAGGGGAAGGGCGACCGAGAGCAGCAGUUUCACUUGUGGUUCGACCCCACCAAGGAUUUCCACACUUACUCCAUUCUCUGGAAUCCACAACAUGUUAUUUUCUUGGUGGAUAAUAUUCCGAUCAGAGAUUUCAAGAAUCACGAGUCAAGGGGGGUAUUCUUCCCAAAGAAACAACCAAUGAGGCUCUACUCGAGCUUGUGGAACGCAGAUGACUGGGCUACCCAGGGCGGGCUCGUGAAGACAGACUGGGCUCAGGCUCCCUUCACGGCCUACUACAGAAACUUCAAUGCCGACGCUUGUGUUUGGAACGGGGCCUCGUCUAGCUGCUCUUCUGGAGAUAAACCCAUGGAUUCAACUUCUUCAUCGUCGAGCCAUGGAGAUUGGUACAGGCAUGAGUUGGACUCGUAUAGCUAUAGGAGGAUGAGAUGGGUGCAGAGGAAGUACAUGGUCUACAACUACUGCUCUGAUGUUAAGAGGUUCCCCAGAGGACUUCCAAGAGAGUGCAGGCUCAGAUGAAGUCGAAAUGAGUGAUCGUGGAUUUGUAUAUGAAUACUGUUUUAAUUCGCGUAAAUUGAAUCUGUUUGUUUCUUUGAUGAUUUCGUUGAAUUCUUGUGUAAGGGAUGUUGAUUUGGAUGACCUUUUGUCAUCCCGUACGUAAUAAGAGCGAGGGUGUUCACUUUACUGUUUUCGUAAAUAUUUUCU